AUGACAAGUCCCAACGAUCACAACCACCACGCAGCGCGAGCCGCGCAUGCUACAACCUACCCACUGGUACCAGUCGAGGAGCAUCCUGAACAUAUCUCUCUACAAUCGCAGCCAUUGAGCUCCGCAAGCUCCUAUGCAGACUUGAAUUAUCUCUUCGGUACCCAAGACCCCGCAAUGCUUGUACCAAAGCCUAGUCGCAACCGUCGAAAGUCCACCCAAGGUUCCGAGCAUACCAAGCAUCGUCGGACUCGAUCUGGAUGCUACACAUGUAGAAGUAGGCGGGUGAAGUGCGAUGAGGCACGCCCGAUUUGCGAACGAUGCAGUAAAGGCAGUCGAGAUUGUGUCUAUCCGCAACCCCCCACGUCAUCAAAAGCCUCUGGGAGCGGACCAUCUAAACGCUCUCAAGUUUCGACUCGUGAAAGCCCAGGUUCUUCAUCGGACGAGUUCGAAGAUGCGGACAGUUCUGAGCGACAACUGGCGCCCAUACCUGAUGAAGACGGAUUCCAUGGAGAUCCCACCCAUCCGCAGGGUAUACCUAAACCAACGGCCCAACGUACAAAUGCCAGCCAGCCUUCUUGUGGCCCAAAGUCUUCAACUCGGAAUAGCUCGGAGGCCCCGUCCUUAGUGCAAGACAAAGGUUCAUCACCAACACCGUCGACCGAAGGCUCAGUCGGCUAUUCUUCAUAUAAAACUCUCUUUGGUUCUCGGCUCCCCCCAAAACCGACCUCCUCUACUUCCGAUAGAGGCGACUGGUCCUAUCUGCCACAAGAUCUCCGGUUUUAUCUAACUUACUUUUGCGAAAAUAUUACCCAUCACCAUUACUCAUUGAAGUAUGAUGCUGAGGAUUUUAUGCGGACGCGGUUCCUGGAUAUUGCGCUUGAGAACGAAGGCUUACUCUACGCUAUUGUGGGAUUUUCGGCCUUUCAACACACCUUGCACCACCCCGGCCGCAAUAUCCAGGGGUUCCUCCAGUAUUACAAUAAAUCCGUGUCCUUGCUCCUUCGAUCGCUAAAAAGGGGCGAACGGCACAACGAUGGGACAUUGCUGGCGAUUUUACAGCUGGCAACGAUCGAGGAAUUCUUGGGUGACUGGAUAAAUCUACUUGGUCAUCAAAAAGCUGCAUACCAAAUCUUGACCGAAUUGUAUAUGCCAGAAACAGUGAUGCAAGAUGAAACAUCCCGUAUCAUUCUUGGAUGGUAUAUGCGGUUCGACGUCUUUGCUGGCUUGAUGGGGGGUUUUGAGACUGUCCUUUCGAGGGACUGGUUCUCCGCAUCUUUCGGCGUUUGUCAACAGAUAGCCAUAAUGGACCCGACCGACCUAGAUUGGAAGAUCGAAACUGCACUUGCCCACCAUCGCCUCAUUGCGACAGAUAUGACCCUAUUGUUUGCAAGAAUGAGCAAAGGAGAAUUAUCCAUGGAUCGGUUUUUGAGGGAAAAUGCGGAUCUCGGUAGAAGAAUCGAGGAAUGGGAAAGCAAAAUGGACCCGGCUCUGAAGGAUAGCCGAUUCUUGAUCACUGAUUUCACGGGCGCUCCGCCUCGAGAUCCAGAUGAUAUUGUUGAUCCUUAUGCACCUGGUCUUAUCUAUAGUGGCCCUCUCUGGGCCAUGAACAUGGCUAGGAUUGACUGGCUUUCUAUCGACCUGAUGCAUACUUAUCAAACCGCCCUAACAACGAAAUCUCCACCAAGCCCUGAGUUGAUGCAAAAGGCAUAUAGAAUCUGCCAGUUAUUCGAGGCUAUGGAAUUAUGGCCUGGUAGUGUGCCUGGCGCCGUCGUGGCUUGUCAAGCAAGCCUCGGCAUUUCGUGUCUAUUUCUUCCAAAAGAUGAGCGUCAUUCUAUGUGGGCUCGGCGAAAGCUUGCUACCAUCGAAUCCCACGGGUACAUUUUCCCGCAUACUUUUCGAUCGAAAAUGGCAGACCUUUUUGGGGAUCGAUCGUGUAUGCACUGGUGGCUUCCAAACGAAGAGCGCUAUCCGCCAAUUAUCCGUUCCAUACGAAAAUUUGUCGAGGAGCGUUCCUCGCCUGCAAAGGAUGUUUCCAGUGAGGAUUUGCGGGACAUGAAGGCCAUUUUCGCCACAAUGAAGCUCGAUGAAGGCAUCGCAGACCCGGAAGAACACAAAGGUACAUCGGCCCUGGCUAGCAUAGCCGUUGCGACUACGGCAGGGAACGUGGAAGAUAUGACCGAUAUUGUGGAAGCAGACGCCUACAGCGGUUGGCAUUGA